AUGGCGACCACGAGGCUCCCGACACUUCGAUCCAUCUUCUCCGCCAAUCAGCGCUCUCCGUGGGGCGGGGCCGGGCGCCUGCUGGGCGGACUCCCGCGUCCGGCCCCGCUCCUGCCGCGGGCCUAUAAAUCGCCACGCCGUUUGCGUGGACUCUCAACCACUCCACAAGUCAGCCUCAACGACCCACGCUUUCAUCGAGUCCAAGCCCAGAGCAUCAUGACCGAACAAAUCCCAGCCACUCAACGCGCCGCCGUCUUCGACGAGUUCGGCGGGAAACUGGACAUCCGCGAGAUCCCCGUCCCGGAGAUCGGCGCCGAUGACAUCCUGGUGAAGGUCAUCUACUCCGGCGUCUGCCACACCGACUUGCAUGUGUGGCUGGGCGACUUCCCCCUCAAGACCAAGCCCCCACCAAUUGUCGGAGGACACGAAGGAGCCGGAGUUGUCGUCAAGGUCGGAUCCAAUGUCAGCAACUUCAAGAUUGGAGAUCGAGCGGGUAUCAAGGUGAGUGGACUUGACAUUUGGCAUUAAUUUAGGCAGAAACAAAAGUUCGUCGCUAGUUUAGGUAGAGAUAAAUUGAUAAAAUGUUUUUCAAAAAGAGUUGAAAAUUAUUAAAAUCGUGUUUUCAGUGGGUCAACGGGUCCUGCUUGUGCUGCGAGCAAUGCAAACGCGGCUUCGAGCCCAACUGUGACAACGUUGUUCUCUCCGGCUUCACCCGAGAUGGAUCUUUCCAACAAUACGCCGCCGUCAAGGCCACUGAAGCCGCUCUAAUCCCAGAAGGAGUUGAUCUCGCCAAUGUUGCUCCUAUUCUGUGCGCUGUAAGUUUUCUACAGAUAGUUUAGACUACAUAUCAGACUACAUUUUUGGGUCUUGUGCUAUAAGUGAUCAUUUUUAAAUUAAUUUCGAUAUUUUGCAGGGAGUCACGGUCUACAAAGCCCUGAAGGAGUCGAAUGUGCAUGCGGGUGAGACUAUCGCCAUUACUGGUGCCGGUGGUGGCCUUGGCUCCCUCUGCAUCCAAUACGCCAAAGCCAUGGGGAUGAUUGUUCUGGCCAUUGACGCCGGAAACAAAGAAGAACAUUGCCGAUCCCUCGGCGCCGAUCUCUUCAUCGACCCCUUCAAGACCGACGACCUGGUCAGCGCCGUCCAACUCUUGACCGAAGGUGGUCCGCAUGGAGUUAUCAACGUCGCCACCGCCGCCAAAGCCAUGGAAGAGUCGGCCAAGUACGUGCGGACCCGAGGAACCGUGGUGCUGGUCGCGCUGCCCCGCGACGCCAAGAUCUCCCUCGACGUCUUCUUCACCGUCAUCCGCACCAUCACCGUCAAGGGAUCGUAUGUGGGCACCCGCCAAGACACCGACGAAGCCCUCAAAUUCUUCGCCCGAGGCCAAGUCAAGAUCCCAACGGAAGUGGCGCCCCUCUCCGAACUCCCCGCCAUCUACGAGAGAAUGCAGAAAUACCAGAUCAACGGUCGGGUCGUCCUUGACUUGUGGAAGUGA